GACCAGAUUUGAAGCUUGAAAACAUGGCUCAAAUUGCUAAGGUCUCACAGAAGGUGCAGCUCAGAUCUUCUGGUCACAAGUUCUAUGAACUCCUUAAGAACAAAAUGGACUUUGUCUUUCAAAUGUUCCCUGAAGUUUAUAAGAGCUGGAAGGUUUUGGAAGGAAAUGGUUUGGCUCAUGGCAGCAUCAUCUACUUGAAAUAUGACGUUGAUGGCCUGUCAGAGGCGAAGGAGAGGCUAGCUAUUGAUGAUGCGAACAAAUCGAUAACUUUUGAGUGCCUUGAAGGAGAUCUAUUCAGAGAUUUUGAAGUUUUCAAAUUGAAAAUUGAAGUUGUUGAGAAUGGUAGCAAUGGGUGCUCAUCUAAUUGGUCCAUUGAAUAUGUGAAGGCCAAUGAAGAUGUGGCUCCACCACAUAACUAUCUCAUAAUUGCAGCUAAAAUUAGCAAAGGCAUUGAUGAUUACCUUUGCAAGAACUGAACUAAAACCAACCCAUCUUGGCUUGGCUAUUGAUCAAAUAUGAUCUAAAUAAGCUAUUAUCUUUGUGUUUUUGUCAUGUGUAUCUUGAAGUUUAAUUGGAAGAAGGAAUAAUGAUGAUGUUUGCCUUA